GGCUUCCUGCUAAGCUUCACAGCUAACGAGAGUGUCAGGAAUUUGUAACUGCGUUGCUUGGACAUAAAGUGUUCUAUUUGAGUCGCAGAUGUGGAGCAGAAUAUUGAGUCCUCGUAUUAUUGGGAGAACAGGUUUCUAUUGGAGGGGUCUCUUCACUAUGCAGCUGAAAACCAGUGAGUUCCAGUCUCUGUUCACUGAUGGGCUGAGUGGACUAGCAGUGGUGUUUGAGAAGCAUCAGCAUGAGCUGAGGAUAGCCGGCGGCGCCGUACGGGACCUGCUGUCAGGGAAGCGGCCUGAGGAUGUGGACUUUGCCACCACAGCCACUCCAGAGGAGAUGAAGGACAUGUUCCAAAAAGCCGGCAUCAGGAUGAUAAACAACAAAGGAGAGAAGCACGGGACCAUUACAGCAAGACUACACGAUCAGAACUUCGAGGUGACCACUUUGCGAGUGGAUGUUCAGACGGAUGGCCGUCACGCAGAGGUGGAGUUCACCACCGACUGGCAGAAAGACGCUGAGCGGAGAGACCUCACCAUCAAUUCCAUGUUUUUAGGGCUUGAUGGCACACUAUAUGACUACUUCAAAGGAUAUGAAGACCUGCAGAACCGCAAAGUUCGGUUUGUUGGCAGCCCUGAACAAAGAAUCCAAGAGGACUACUUGAGAAUACUGCGUUAUUUCAGGUUCUACGGCCGAGUGGCCUUCGAGCCUGAUGAUCACGAGCCCGAGACGCUGGCAGCUAUUAGGGAGAAUGGACGUGGACUUGCAGGGAUAUCAGGAGAGCGGAUUUGGCAGGAACUUAAGAAGAUGGUGGUUGGUAACCAUGCUGGUCAUCUGCUGGAGCUCAUGCAAAGUCUGGAACUGGCCCAGUACAUAGGUUUACCUCCAGAUGGCAACGUUGAGGAGAUGAAGCGAGUGUGGCACAACGCCAAAGACCUCUCUCCCAAACCCAUGACCAUCCUGGUGGCUCUGUUCAGCCGCCCGGAGGAGGUGGAGAGGAUGGAGCUCCGGCUGAAGGUGUCCAGGGAGGAGAAGACCCUGGCUCUGUUCCUGAUCAAACACAGACAGAAGCUGCGCAGGAACAAAGAUGAGCCAGAUGGCCUCAAACCCUUCACGGAAUUUAUCAUCGAUAAUCGGGACCUGGAUACUCAGAGUAAAGUGUGUGAGCUUCUCAAGUAUCAGGGCGAGGACAAGCUGCUGGCAGAGCUCAGCAGGUGGUCCAUCCCUCGCUGCCCUGUCAGUGGUCACGACCUGAGGAGAAUGGGCAUCACAUCAGGCAAGGAAAUCGGCGCCACCUUACAGAAGCUCCGCAACAUCUGGAAGAAAAGCGGUUAUAAGAUGGACAAAGACGAACUCCUCAGUUUCGUCAAGUCUUAAAUAACGUGGGGUGUUUUGCAUCAGACUGUGAUGAUGUGGACACUCAGUACUGUGGUUGUGCUUCUCGCAGGUAUUGAUUAAGCAGACUGCUGCAUAUUGUUGAGAAAAGACAGGAACUGGUGACUGUUAAUUCAUUCUAAAAGGGCCACUUUAGUUCUUGUGGAUCACUACGUAAAGAGAUCGCACACAGUGUACUCUGAACAUCACAGCUGCCAACAGAUGCUGCAGUGUCUACUCGACGAUGAUGGCUGAUUUCACUGUGAGCUAUUUACACAGCUCUAUGCAAAGUCGUUGGAUAAACAGCUGUUAUACCGAUGCUCAGUUACUUUAGAAAAUGGCUAUUUUCAAGUUUAACUCUUUGAAAUUUGGAGUGACAUCACUUUACUUGUGCAGCUGUCAGACAGUAUUUAAACCUUGGAAC